AUGGCUGAGCAAAGGGACGGUGGUGGUCCAAGUAGGUAUCAUCCAAACUCCUCCGAUAUGUUUUCCGGCAUGUACCCUGAGAAUAAGUUCCCUGAGGGUUUGCGAGUGUUACUCUUUGACCAAGAUCCCCAAUAUCUACUUGCAUUGGAGCAACAUCUCAAAGCGUUUCAAUACGAAGUGACUAGAUGUAACGAAGAGGAAAGAGCUAGGUAUCUACUCCAUCACCACAGGAUUAGGUUCGACAUUGCUAUCAUAGAAGCACAAAAUGUUGAUAGAUUUCGAUUUAUCUCGGAAAUGGAUCUUCCAAUCAUUAUAAUAUCCAAGGACGAUUCAGUAGAAUCGGUGAUCAAAUGGAUGAACAUCGGUGCUUGCGACUAUCUUAUCAAACCGAUACGACCUGAAGAUCUACGUUUGAUAUUCAAACAUGUGGCGAAAAAGGUACAAGUAAGGAGGAAUGUGGUGGUGGCCGGAGAGGCAGAGGAGAAAACAGAAACCGAGAAUUCAUCCUCUGUGAGAGAUCCCACAGUAAGAAACCGUAACAAAAGAAAAAAAAACAUUUUCCUUGAGGGACAAGAAAACGAGGAGGGUCAUGAUCCCACCACCAAGAAAAGACGAGUAGUGUGGGACGACGAGCUUCACAAAAAGUUUAUUAAGGCAGUGGAAUACCUCGGCACGGGCAAAGCUGUUCCCAAGAGAAUUUUAGAGAUGAUGAAUGUUAAUGGCAUCACUCGAGAAAACGUAGCCAGCCAUCUCCAGGUAACAUUUUUUUAUUAUACCCUAAAUAUUUGCUUUUUUAAAAUAAAAAUAACAAAGUCAUAA